UUUUGCUCCUUUCUCUGCCACCAAGAAUAAGAAUGCGAGGAAACCUGUCCCCCCCCCCCUCUCUCUCCUCCCAUCUCCCCUUUUCCUUCCCCGUAAACAUCGCCAAUCCGCAAUCAGACCAAACCUCCUCUGGAUUUUGCGAAGAAACGCCGAAAUCCAUCCACCCAGUUUUCCCGCGAGAUAAUUGGAAAUGGAAGAGGGAUUCUUGGAAUCAGGACCCUUCUCCCGCUCAUCCUCCUUCGGUGGGUUCGACGAAUGGUUGGUGUUGGUGAGGAAACGCAAUGGGAAGCCCUCCUCCUCGUCGUCGUCGUCUCUGCAGCAGCCGAGGCUGGGUGGCAUGGCUGCCCAAUCAUCCAUCAGUUCAGAAGGGCUAGAACUUGGUUACCCUUGCAUCAAUGUGAUGGACUCUAGCUUAUCUUACCAACUGCCAUCAGCAAGCCUAUGGGACAGGCUUGGGAAGGUUACUAUGAUGGACAUCGAGUCAAGUGACUUCAGCUGGAGCUCUCUCUCUUCACUGCACCACACAAAACAUAGUACUACCAGUACAGAACCCUGCGAGGAUGACACUAGCAGAAGUUUUGAGGUUACAGUAAAUUCUGGAGGAGUUGUUCUGAUUGCAUUGUUCAGAACAUCUGAAAAUGAUGACCUUCCUUCCAAAGAGGCUGCGGCGGUCAUCAAAAUUGCGCCUUCAAGGAUGGCCACUCAGUCGGAGCGUUUUGGCUAUGAACUUGCUAAAUGUCUCGGAGUGAGGACCCCACAGGGCAGAGUGAUACACAACUUCUCAUCCGAAUGGCAGCAAAUCAAGGACGCAGUUGAGAGCACUCGAGAUGCAGCAAUUUCUGUAGGUGAUGAGCUCGAGGAGAUGAUCUGCACUGAGAUGCUAGAGGCACUCGAACUGAGCCGAUGCCUGUUCCUGAUGAACUAUGUACACGGUUCCCCUCUGCUAGAGAACACAGUGCCAUUCGACUCACACGAUUCUGCUGCGAAAACCGCUGAAGCCUUGGGAAGGGUCUUGAUGCUGGACCUCGUGCUGAGAAACGAGGAUAGGCUGCGGUGCCGUUCCCUCGGCUGGCGAGGAAACUACGCAAACUUGCUCGUGGCCAACCGGGAAGCCUACGCGAAUCUCGACUCGCUGGACGACGCCUACGACUCUGCGAUCAUCCGGUACAAGCCGGAGAUCAUCAGGAGCCCCCAGAAGCAGAAGCCGAGGAGAGCGGUUUCGAUCAGCGGCAGCAUGGGCUCGGACGCCUCCGACCUCAUGAUGCUGGAUCAGUCCGACACAUACGACCGCACGAACCCUGAUCAGGUCUCCAGCUUCCGCAUCGUGGCGAUCGACUCCGGCGUCCCGCGCAGGCCGCCGGCGUGCAAGCGGGCGAGAGACCAGGAGAGCUACCCGAAGCUGGUGGAGCUCACGCUCAACAACUGGGACUACUCCUCCAACCUCCUCUUCGAGGUGUCGUUCGCGAGGCUCGGAGUUCCAGGGCCUGAAGAACUCGACGUCGUGCCGCCGUCUGAUCAUAUUCAUGGCCACCGUUCUGCUCCUCUCUCUGAAGGCGACAUGGCUGCAGCGGUGAAUUCCUUCCGGGGAGGCUUCCGCAGUGCCCUGAGGGACCUUCAGAGGUUCCACAUCUUCCUCGUCACGCUCUACCAGAAGCUGGAUGGCCUGCUGAAGAUCUUCUUCAACCUCAUGGACAGAGGGCUGAACGAGAGUGACAGGGAGGAUGCUGGCCCAUCUGAUUCGCCGUUGUAUCCCGUGGAGACGCAGAUGGAGUCCAGUGACGGUGAAGUUCCGAGGCACAUGCAUCGGCCUUGCCGUACUUUGUCCCGGGAUAACUUCGACCUGUCGUCUCCUGCCAGCCGGGAGAGCUUUAUGAUGAAGAACUUCAAAGGAAACGGCGAUGCUUCCCGUGGCUUGCGGCUGACGAUGAAACUACGGGAUUUUAACAAGUGUGCUAAGGCAGACAGUGAACUGAGCAAAGAAAUAGAACAGUGGAAUGAGAUGCUGAGGACUGAUGUUGUCAAAUUGUGUCAAGACAACAACUUUAAUACAGGUUUCUUUGAAGGAAUAGAUAAUAGCAUUGCUGUUGAUGCUUAUGAAUUGAAGGUUCGACUUGAGCACAUCCUUGAGAGGAUAUCACUAAUUUCUGAUGCUGCAAGCACUGAGCGUCCCUCUCAGAUCACGGAUUACUUGUUCAUUGGUGGUGCUCUCGCUGCUCGGUCAACAUAUACACUUCAACACCUUGGCAUAACCCAUGUGUUAUGCCUGUGUGCAAAUGAAAUUGGGCAGGCAGAAUCUCAGCAGCCAGGUGUUUUUGAUUACCGGAAUUUCUCAAUUAAUGAUGAUGAAAAUGCAGACAUCAGUGAUGUCUUCAAAGAUGCUUCAGAUUUCAUUGAUUAUGUCGAGCACCUAAACGGCAAAGUACUUGUCCAUUGUUUCGAGGGGAAAAGUCGGAGCGCAACGGUUGUUCUUGCUUACCUGAUGCUGCGAAAAAAUUUCACUCUUGCGAAGGCAUGGAACAUGCUGAAGAAGGUGCACCGGCGAGCGCACCCCAACGACGGCUUCGCCAGGGUGCUGCUGGAUCUCGACAGGAAGCUGCACGGCAAGGUCUCCAUGGAGUGGCACCACAGGAGGCCCGCGAUGAAGGUGUGCCCCAUCUGCGGCAAGAACGCCGGGCUCAGCAGCAGCUCGCUCAAGCUGCACCUGCAGAAGGCGCACCGCAAGAUCUCGUCCGGGAGCGUCGACACCGCCAUGACGCUGGAGAUACAGAAGGCGAUGGAGGCCAUCAAGGCCGGCCGCGCCGGCGGCGACAGCCCCACGCAGAACCCAUGAGAACGCUAGGUACACCUGAAAUUUUUGGCCAAAUUACAUAUAUCUAGAACAUGGUUUAUGCAGUGAGAUGUCAGAAAAAAAAAAGAUGAUAAGCGUGAUUCGGAAAAUUUUUCGGUUUUACCUUUACAACUUCCUCACCUGCUGCAAAAGUUCCCUUUUGUGGCUGCCGAGUGAAAGAGCCUCUGCCAGUUGUUUGACAUGUUGGGACAGUUUACUCAUUUUUAGGAAAAAUAAAUGUAGCAAGACAAAAACUGAUGAGAUUUUCCCUGAAGAA